UGGACUGAAUCCAAUUGUGUGAAGAAAACAAGAUUUUCUGAACCAGAAGAUGUUCAUCUUGUCAAGGAUAGGGAGAACAAAUAUUCAUUCAGCAAUGAAAGGAUCUUGAACCCAAAUGUAUCUGGUUCCGAGCAAGAAUCUCUUUGUUCUACUGAAAGAGUACAGGAGUUCCCAAGUUACCUGAAUGAAAUGCUGGGAGAAUUAUCAGCUGGAAGCACCCAUGAAGAGAUUGAUGUCUACAAGCCAAAAACUGUAAAGACAUCAAAUGUUGCAAAGACCCCUAGAAUGACUCCAGCUAAAGCUUCUGCAACAAAGAGACGGACGGAGGCACCAACGACAACCCAAAUUCGUCCUAGUCGUGAAUCGCUUCCUGCAUCAAGAACGCCAGCAAAUAAAUCAGUUCAGCAAAUACGGAGAGCCUCACUGCCUUUUCUUGCUAGAGCUUCACCUGUGGAAUCCCCUUGCAGAUCCAAUGCUAAUCUCCUUGGGCAAAUGAACUCCCCAGAUGUCUCUGUAAAUGCUCCACGAAUUGACAAGAUGGUUGAGUUUCCAUUGGCCUCAUCUGAGGACCCAUUCUUUCACAUCCGUAGAACUUUGUCACCGUCUGCACAUGGCUCUUCCUCUACCUCACCACAUUGUGGUGACCGUUCCCUCACCAAAGACAAGUGUACAGUCCAAAUACAGGAUAUACCGUUAGCAAGGGCAAGCUUCAGUGAUGCAUGGCAUGGAAUUCGAUACAAAACAUAUCAGUUAGGUGUGGAAGGUGGAAGUGAAUGCUCAGACAGGAACCCAACUGCUGGAGCAUCAGGCUGGACCUCACCUGACUAUCUGCAGCGUCGGUUUGACACCUCGUCAUACCAGCAACGAGCUGAGGCAUUGGAAGGUUUGCUUGAAUUCAGUGCACAAUUAUUGCAUCAAGAGAGGUUUGAAGAGCUUGGAGUUUUAUUGAAGCCAUUUGGGCCUGGGAAGGUUUCUUCUAGGGAGACUGCUAUCUGGUUAACUAAGAGCUUUAAGGAGACUACUAUGAGACAGGAAGAUUAAGAAAUUUAAGGGCUCAAAUAAAAAAUGAAUUUAAUCAUGUUCUUCAAAUUUGAUAAUCAGAUCAUCAAGCUAAUUGAUUGCAUUUUCCUGUCA